AUGUCAUUCACCACUACAUUACGUCCAGCUAUUUUAAGAAUCAGACCUUCAUCAGUCCUUUCAUUCCAAUCAGCUCGUUUCAAUUCUUCAUUGAUCAAAACUUCAACAAAUUUAAAAGAAUUUAAAGAUUUAAUCAAGACUGAUAAAUUAACAAUAACAGAUUUUUUUGCAACUUGGUGUGGACCAUGUAAGGCAAUUUCACCAGUUUUGGAAAAAUACAGUAAAGAAUUUACAAAUGUUCAAUUUUUAAAAGUUGAUGUUGAUGAAUCAAAUGAAAUUGCUCAAGAAUAUGGAAUUACAGCAAUGCCAACUUUUGUAUUAUUUAAAAAUGGUGAAGCAAUUGGAAAAAUCGUUGGUGCUAAUCCUCCUGUUAUCAAACAAGCUAUUGAACAAUACCAAUAG